GACGUCUUUGCAUAUUAAAUUAGAUUUUGCAAAAAAUUUAAAGUAGACACAAAAAAUGUGCAGAAAGUGGAUUAUUUUGGCAAUUUGUGUGAGUAUUUUAGCUUCAACUGCCUCUGGACGACUUUUCAAUCGACGAGCGAGGGCGCGUGCAAGAUUGGCCAACAGACUAAUUGAUGCUGCUUUUGAAGGAAAAUGCCCACUCUGUGAUUCCUCCGUCUAUGGGUACUGCUCAGACCGGCUCUUCCACGAUGCCUGCUGCUGUGACCGACCUACAUUCACAGGAGGGCUUGGUCUUGGUGGAGGAGGAGGAUCAGGAAUUUAUGGUGCCUCAUGCUAUUACGCAGAUUGUUCGUUCUUGUACGCAAAUUCGUGCUAUGAGCAUGACCUCAUAACGAAUUGCUGUUGCAACCAAUAAUAAAACUUCGUAUUAGUGCAUUAAAAUGAACACUUAGAGAUAUUUUAUUGAAUCAUUCUUCUUCAUUAUUUUCCAAAGAAAUCUUCAUCAUUCAGUGAGUUGCAUUCCUCGGGGUUGUGAGGGUGAUCUCAGUGCGGAGAUGAUCCUGUUUACUCGGUGAGUUUCUCAAUGAGAGCAUUAGCGAGUGUCUUGUCGCCGAUGAUUUCAAUUUUGCCCUGAGACACGGCUUCUGGGAUGGCGAUCUGCUUGGUGCCGAUGAGGAAGAAUUCCUCAUCUUCAACGUUGAGAGUCACAUCGGGAUUGUCCACGACACCAUCGCUGACUUUGAGGCCCUUCAGAUCGACAAUGUAGUUGUGCACACCAUCAGCGGCUUUAAUGUUGAGCUGGAAGAUACCGAGAACUUUCCUGGGUCCAUUGGGAUCAACACCAGCCACACGGGUCUUAAUCCUCUCAAUGACGGGAUCGGAUUUCAUCUUUGCUUCUCACUUCACUGAACAAUCAACACUUCUCUGCACAAAAUCCCUCAAGCGUCUGAACUCAUGAGCACUCCAGGGUGGCCCUUAAAUACUUGCCCACAGCACAGCCUAUCAGGUUGGCGAUAAGAGGCCGCAAGUGUUGCCGAUCCAUGUGCUAAUCCAGCCAGCUUUAGUUUGUCUUUGGCUGGGCUAAUCUCGUCGACAUGGGACCAACGGGAGCAUCUUAUCCGGCCUUUUAGAUUAAGGCGGGUGGUGUGUAGUGUGCGUCAAAUCUCAAUCGUGUGAUCCCGUGUCUGAUGGUCAACCAGCUGUGGAAGUGCAAGAUGUGGACUUUCUCCCCAUGCUGCCAAGUAAAAUACUUAAAAAAUAAUUAUCUCAGAGCUUUCAAGAGCUAUUUAUUUCAAAGAACUUAAAAUUUCAAUUUUCCUCUAAAAUUAUUCUUCAAUGAGUCUUUUUUUAUCAAAGAAAAUUGAAUUGAUUUUUGCCCUUCAGCUAAAUUAUUUAAUUAUGUUUAAGAUUAGAGAUCAUGUGAAGAGUGAUAAGGGAAACUUUUGGUAAAUAUGUUUUCUUGACUAAUCACUGCAUCUUAUCUACAAUAAAUGAACUUUCAAAAUGAGAAAA